GGCCGGCUCGCCCUCGAAUGCAAAGUCGUCGUCCUCGGUAUUUGAGUCCAUAAAGAACUGGAAGCGCCGCGGCAAGGCGGGCUUGCCGAAAGGCUGCUCGGCGGGCGCGACAGUGCCGAAGUCCCAGGCUGAACAUCCCGUCAGCUGCGUACAGGGGCCGCGGGCGUCCACUAUCUCACUGCUCAGACCGGGCCAAUCCGAGUUGAAGUCCGUCGCGACGAAGAGGCUCGCGUCGUCCGCCUGGAUGCAGCUGAGAUAGUUUGUCUGAGUGAGGCUGCAGGCCACUGAGAUCUCGCGUGCGACGGAGGGGUGCCAGCCUGCCUCCAGUCUGCCGGCGUCCAGAUCGACCAAAUAGAGCGGCGUUCCGCGUAUGCCGAAAUGACAGAUCGCACGCCCGUCGCGCACAGCGAGGGAGCCGCGAGGAUGGACCUCCUCGUGGUCUUCGAAGAGUUGCACGACCGUGUAGGUCGCCUGGCUCGGGUCGGACAUGAGCGCCUCGUAAUUGCCGAUAAGUACAAGGCUGUCGUCCGUCAGAGCGACCAAGGUGCCCGUACGUGUGUCGAGAUGUACCGCAUGAUACG